UUCCUCUGUGCCCUCCCUUAAAAGGAAAGUAUGACACAGAUAAAAAAGGUGGGGCUUUGCAAGCUGAAGUAUAUCAAAACCUUCUUCUUUGAGUAAUGAUUUCAUUAAGAUUGCUGGAGCAUAUUCUGGAGACUUUGGUUCCCAUGGGCACUAUGAGACACCGAAGAAAUGGCAAUUUUGAGAGUUCCAGACUCCUCUAUUCUAGCAUGUCUCGAAGCAUCGAUGUGUCCUGCAGUGAUGCUGACUUGGUCAGCUUCAUCCAAGAAAACUUUAAGAAGAGAGAAUGUGUUUUUUUUACAAAAGACACCAAGUCAAUGGGUAACUUAUGCAAAUGUGGAUACCCUGAAAAUCAACACAUAGAGGGCACUCAGAUUAAUACCAAUGAGAAAUGGAACUACAAGAAGCACACCAAGGAACUUCCCACUGAUGCCUUUGGGGACAUUCAGUUUGAAAAUCUGGGGAAAAGAGGAAAGUACAUCCGUUUGUCGUGCGACACAGACUCCGAAACCCUCUACGACCUGAUGACCCAGCACUGGCACCUGAAAACCCCUAACCUUGUCAUCUCCGUCACCGGGGGCGCAAAGAACUUUGCGCUCAAGCCCCGCAUGCGCAAGAUAUUCAGCAGGCUCAUCUACAUUGCCCAGUCCAAAGGGGCCUGGAUUUUCACAGGAGGCACACAUUACGGGCUGAUGAAGUACAUCGGGGAAGUGGUCAGAGACAACACCAUCAGUCGGAGCUCAGAGGAGAAUGUGGUGGCUAUUGGCAUAGCAGCCUGGGGCAUGGUUUCCAACCGAGAAAGUCUGAUUCGCAGUGGAGAUAAUGAUGGGUAUUACUUGGCCCACUACAUAAUGGAUGAUCUCAAGAGAGACCCUCUCUAUUGUCUGGAUAAUAACCACACCCAUCUCUUGCUGGUUGAUAAUGGCACCCAUGGGCACCCAACAAUAGAGGCAAAAGUCCGUACUCAGUUAGAAAAGUACAUUUCAGAGCGAGUUAUCCCAGAAUCUAAUUACGGUGGGAAGAUUCCAAUUGUCUGUUUUGCCCAAGGUGGAGGAAAAGAGACUUUGAAAUCUAUCAAUGUGGCCAUCAAGAGUAAGAUUCCCUGUGUUGUGGUGGAAGGCUCUGGCCGAAUUGCUGAUGUUAUUGCUAGCUUGGUGGAGGCAGAAGGCACUCUUGCUUCUUCAUGCGUCAAGGAGAGCUUGCUCAGGUAUCUGCCUCGUACUAUUUCAAGGCUCUCAGAAGAGGAGACUGAAAGCUGGAUCAAGUGGAUCAAAGAAGUCCUUGAGAGCCCUCAUUUACUGACAGUUAUCAAAAUAGAAGAGGCUGGAGAUGAAAUUGUGAGCAAUGCCAUUUCCUUUGCUCUGUACAAAGCUUUCAGCACCAAUGAACAUGAGAGAGACAACUGGAAUGGGCAGCUGAAGCUGCUGCUGGAGUGGAACCAGUUAGACCUGGCCAACGAUGAGAUCUUCACCAAUGACCGCAACUGGGAGUCUGCUGACCUACAGGACGUCAUGUUCACAGCCCUAGUGAAAGACAGGCCUAAAUUCGUCCGUCUCUUCCUGGAAAAUGGCUUGAAUCUGAGGAAGUUCCUUACCACAGAGGUCCUUAGAGAGCUGUACACAAACAACUUCAGCAGCCUGGUGUUCAAAAACCUGCAGAUUGCAAAGAACUCCUAUAACGAUGCACUUCUCACUUUUGUGUGGAAGAUGGUCGAAGACUUCCGAAGAGGUCUCAAAAGAGAUGACAAAAACAGCAAGGAUGAGACGAAAAUACAUCUUCCAGAUGAGUGUCCUAUCACAAGACACCCAUUACAAGCUCUGUUCAUUUGGUCAGUUCUUCAGAACAAGAAAGAGUUGUCUAAAGUAAUUUGGGAGCAAACCAGAGGUUGUACAUUGGCAGCCCUCGGAGCCAGCAAGCUUCUGAAGAGCAUGGCGAAGGUAAAGAAUGAUAUAAAUGCUGCUGGUGAGUCUGAGGAACUCGCUAAUGAGUACGAGACAAGAGCAGUAGAGCUGUUCACAGAGUGCUACAGCAACGACGAAGAUCUGGCUGAGCAGCUGCUAACUUAUUCCUGUGAAGCCUGGGGAGGAUGCAAUUGUCUGGAACUUGCAGUGGAAGCUAAAGACCAGCAGUUCAUUGCACAGCCAGGGGUGCAGAAUUUUCUUUCCAAGCAGUGGUAUGGAGAGAUUUCAAGAGAUACUAAGAACUGGAAGAUUAUACUAUGUCUGUUCUUUUUCCCUUUAUUAGGCUGUGGUUUCAUCUCAUUCAGGAAAAAGCCUGUGGAGAAGAGUAAGAAGCUCUUCCUGUAUUAUGUGUCUUUCUUCACCUCUCCCUUUGUGGUCUUCUCCUGGAAUGUCAUCUUCUACAUCGCUUUCCUGUUGCUCUUUGCCUACGUGUUGCUUAUGGAUUUCCAGAAGGAACCUACUGCCCUGGAGAUCAUCCUUUACGUCCUGGUCUUCAUUCUGCUUUGUGAUGAAGUGAGACAAUGGUACAUGAAUGGCAGUAAGUAUUUCUCAGAUCUAUGGAAUGUUAUGGAUACACUAGCAAUCUUCUACUUCAUAGCUGGGAUUGUGUUCAGGCUUCACUCAUCUGAUGAAAGCUCUUGGUAUUCUGGGAGAGUCAUUUUCUGUUUGGACUACAUAGUUUUUACUCUGAGGCUGAUCCAUAUUUUCACAGUUAGCAGGAAUUUAGGACCCAAAAUUAUUAUGCUGCAGAGGAUGAUGAUAGAUGUAUUUUUCUUCCUCUUCCUCUUUGCUGUGUGGAUGGUGGCCUUUGGUGUGGCCAGGCAAGGCAUCUUGAGGAAGAAUGAGCACCGCUGGGAGUGGAUAUUUCGAUCUGUCAUCUAUGAGCCAUAUCUGGCUAUGUUUGGCCAAUACCCUGAUGAUGUUGAUGGUACCACCUACAACUUUGAUCGCUGCACCUUUUCUGGGAAUGAGUCCAAGCCCUUGUGCGUGGAGCUGGAUGCCAACAACCAACCUCGCUUCCCAGAGUGGAUUACCAUUCCCCUUGUUUGUAUUUACAUGCUCUCAACUAACAUCCUGCUUGUGAACCUGCUUGUGGCCAUGUUUGGUUACACUGUUGGAUCAGUACAAGAGAACAACGACCAGGUGUGGAAGUUCCAGCGUUACUUCUUGGUCCAAGAGUAUUGCAGUCGCUUGACUAUUCCCUUCCCUUUUGUUAUCUUUGCCUACAUAUACAUGGUGAUGAGGAAAUGUUUCAAAUGCUGCUGUAGGAAUGAAAGUAAAGAACCAUCUAUUUGUUGCUCAAAAAAUGAGGACAAUGAAAUUCUGGCGUGGGAAGCUGUCAUGAAGGAGAACUACCUUGUCAAAAUCAAUACCAAAGCAAAUGAUUCAUCAGAAGAGAUACUGCAUCGAUUUAGACAACUGGAUGCAAAGCUCUCUGAUUUGAAAGGCCUCCUUAAAGAGAUUUCCAGCAAAAUCAAAUAAAACAGCCAAAAUCCAAGAGCAGCUACCUGAGCAGGGUAGCAAUUCAUCGGAACAAAUUCUCUGAGCUGGCAGUAACCACCAAGCAACUGGUAACUGAUCUACCAGUGUCUCAGCAGGAAUCACUAGGACUUUUUCUUUUUUGGCUUUUGGAUAAAAUAGACCUUUCUGCUCAAUGCACAAUGAUGGUAAAACAUUAAGAUGACUGUUUAUCUCCUGGCAGGACUCCCAUGUUAGCCAAGCGCUCCUUUUAACUCGUCUCCCCUGAUGUUCAAUGGCAGCAAUUAGUUCUUGUCAGCUGCUGUUAAAAAGCACUCCUAAUUCCAAGAGUUCUGCUGCUGCUGCCAAAAUCCCUUUGCUUUUCAAUUUCACUCAAAGGAGCCUGUUCAUGAGUUUCCUUUAGCCACUAAUUGCUUGUCUUCAUGAAUCAAUCUCUAUUCCCUUUGCUUUGUUAGAGUAGCCAGAUCUAGCUUGCUUCUUGUCUGUCUGUCAGACCUUCUGAGGUUGGUAUAUUUCAGCAUCGUUCCCUGCUUUUGAUCUAAUUCUGCACCCAGUGUGGACUUACUUCUGUGCUACCUAGAACUGUGCAGCAAUGCAGAAGCUCAGCUAUUAACAACUCCACGUGGGUGAAACUUACUUCACUUAGAAAGUGCUUCCAAAGGCUUUGUGUGCUAAUCCUUGCUCGUUUCUUUAACUGCAAUUUGUAUACUGGGAGCAUUGCAAUUAAUUCAACUUUUUCAAACAUCUGUUUGUGGAUGUUUGCAUUUUGAAAUGGAAAAGGCAUUAUUGGCAAGCCUUAAGCAUUGUGAUGUUUGCUGUGGUGAGGUUGCUCUUUCUGUCUAACACAACAGCUGAAUUUUGUGGCAUCUUAUGUGGUAUAACUGGGUGUGCUACCACUACAAAUGACAUUUACUUACCUUUCAAAGCACUGUAUCCAUCUUCAUCCCUGCUGUCGAGGAGUCGUCUCCCAAAAUACUUCAUUUUGAAGGUUCAAGUAUUUUCUUUUUCCUUGGCAAUGGCUACCAUAGUCUGUACACUUUACCUGCUCCUGUGCACAAGAGCAUGUUCCACUCCAUGCCUGCUGUGAAAAGAUGGUUGGCCCCAGCUGGUGAAGACAAGACAAGAUCGUUUUGUGUAUUUUGGUGUUUGCUUCAGUUCAGGGACAUAUGAAGCCUUGUUCCACGUGGAGAAUUGUUUCUACUUUAGGAUGCAGCUGACUGAGGAGGCCAGCACAUGCACAUCUCACUUGCUGAAACCACUGCUCUGGUGUCUUUAUAGCUGAAAACGGAACAGCCAAAACUGUGAUGAGGCCUAAUCAGAAUGGUUGUCUCAUUCCUUCUUGCUUCACAUGACCCAGCUUUGCUGUAUGCCAUGCAUUACGUGAUCCUGGGGGAUACAGAACUACCAAUGGAAGCAUUGCUUGUUUACAUGGGGACAUAUUUGUGUAUCCUGUUAAAAAGUUUAUAAAGGACUUGGGCUUUCAUAGACUUCUAUGGCAGUUAGCUUGCAUCAUACAUUAUUGACUGUUUCCUUUCUAGAAAUCUAAUGUCUCCUGUAUGUCUUGAAUGUGAAAAUUGUGCUAUUGGUUCAUUCCUUUCGUAUAUAAAGCCUGCAGUGUACUUGCCAGCA